CCUCAGCCUUCCCCCAUCCAGGCAAAUUCUGAUGGGACCCUCAAAUAGCUCUGGCAAAGUGUUCUGUUUCUUUUGGACUUGAUGGAUGCUUGUUUCUGUGAAGACGUGUAAUUACUUCUUCCUGUAUUUUGCUGCGCCAGUUACUGAGAGAAGCAGCUUAAAACUAUAUACCACAUGGAGAGCCCCAGCAGGAUGACCAGCAGUCACACAGAGUGCCAUUUCUGCCUGCAGUCUCUCCGUGGCAGGAAAUACGCGCUAAGAGAAGAAAAUGCUUACUGUGUUCCGUGUUACGACAGCCUGUACGCCAACCCCUGCGAAGAGUGCAAGCAGCCCAUUGAGUGCAACUCCAAGGAUCUGGCCUACAAAGGCCGCCACUGGCAUGAGGGGUGCUUCAGGUGUGCCAAGUGCAGUCGCUCACUCGUGGAGAAACCAUUUGCUGCCAAGGACGAGGUCUUGCUGUGUACCGAGUGCUACUCUGAUGAGUAUUCAUCCAAGUGUUUUCACUGCCAGAAGACCAUUAUGCCUGGUUCACGUAAAAUGGAAUUUAAGGGAAGUUGCUGGCAUGAAUCCUGUUUCGUUUGCCAGUAUUGUCGGCAACCAUUGGGAACAAAACCAUUAAUCACCAAAGACAAUGAAAAUUACUGUGUGCCCUGUUUUGAGAAGCAAUUUGCUCACCAUUGCUAUGCUUGCAAAAAGGUUAUAACUUCUGGAGGAGUGGCCUACCACGACCAGCCUUGGCAUAAAGAAUGCUUUGUGUGUGCUGUGUGUAAAACUCAGCUAUCUAGACAAAGAUUCAUUUCCAAAGAUGAGUACCCAUACUGUGUAGACUGUUUCAGCAAAUUUCAUGCCAAGAAGUGUGCUGCUUGCAAGAAACCUAUUGCGGCUCUUGGAGGUGUCAAAUACAUCUCAUGUGAGGAGCGUCAGUGGCACGGGGAAUGCUUUAUCUGCGCGAAAUGCUCUGUCUCCCUGGUGGACCAGGAAUUCCUCACUCUGCAGAAUGACAUCCUCUGCCACAAAUGUGGCUCUGCUUUAUAGUUCUGUGGAAAGCUGUACAGCUGCAGUAUUUUCACUCUGUAGCAAGGUAGUUCAUUGGUCUGUUGUAAGAAAACCAGAUAAAAGGUACUACAAUUAUUUUGUAAUUCAAGUAACUUUCCAACAGCAGUUUAACGUCAAUGCUUAUAAACAAAAAUUAAACAACUGCUCCAUACUUGUUAAUAGAACAGUGCAGAAAAGACUUGUAUAUAUUUUAAGGCUAACUCCAGUAUGUUUUCCUUGUAACACACUGCACUCUGCUGUUAGAAGCUUAAAAAUUUAUCUUUUAUCACCUCUGAACCAAGAAGGAUUGUGAAACGUCUGUUUGGCCUAUGAAUAAUGAUGAGGCAUUAGCACUGAUUCACAGAUGCCGAUCUUGGCAUGGAAAGUUAGGAACAAGCAUUUUUCUCUUGGAUCAUAACACUGAAGAGAGCACCUUGUAAGUAUUAUAUUCUUCCAUACUUUGGGCAAAAAAGAUGCUGACAAAGCAAGCAGAAAUCGUGAGUAGGAGAUGCUUCCACAUUGAGGAGCACAGAGUCAGAAAGGCCCAUUCCAAGGGCCAAUUCAAUGGCAAAAAGGUCACUUUCCUUCCCUUACUGGGAUUGCUACCCAAAGAAGUCACCCAAAAUACUACAGCACAGGUCCUUUCCCAAAGUUGGGUAACUGUACUUAAUUUUUUAGGCAUAUCUGCUCUAGAACAUAAAUAAACCCAUAUUUUCAGCUACUGCUAGAGGUAAGGAAUGCCCAAGAUUGAAUAGUGCUGAUGUACAUUUUCCCAUAACUAAUAUGCCUUAAGACUCUGUUUCCACUAUUUUUGCUAUAUCUUCAAAUAUAGGCCCAAAUCAUACUUUUUUUAUUAGUUGACUCGAGCCAACUCAUAGUGGUCCAUUUAACCUUGUCCUUUCCUUCAUUCAAAACUGCUUUGCCAGCAACUGAAGCCCUGUUAAGGACCUUACCUGCUUGGUCUUUGAUUCACAGUUGAUUCCUCUGCUUGUAAAUUCCUGCUUGUGGACAGCAGGCUAUCAGCUCUCCAGAACCAAUUCCUGGUUCAUUUCACCAUUAGCCACAUGUGUUUUUUAACAGUAUGUCAAGAAUUAGUAAUUGUCAUUGCAAGCCAGGCAGCUCUUGCUUGGAGUACAGGGUCUCAGUUUCUAAGGAGCCAGCCUUUAUAUCUGCUUGCUGAGCUCCAGCACUCAAAUGUCUGCUAUGAAAGGUCAUCUAGAGCUGAGUUACAAACAUCUGUCUGCCUCCUUCUUCCACAGUGUGUGUUGCAGUGGCCUGGUUCCUGUACUGGGCCAUUGUGGAUGGAGCAGUGAUGUUAGGAAUGGCAGGUUCUGCACUGUCCAGCACAGUUUGAAUUUCAUCUCAGAUGUCUUUAAGUCAUUCUUUUUCAGACUCUGAGUGCAUAGAGUUAUCUGGCUGACUUGAGUUGCCUUUAUUCAUAUUGAAGACAGCCAUUAUUUUAGGUAGAAAAGUGGAAAAAAGGGAAGAAUAUGUGUGCAUGGCUAAGCCAGAGCCAAAGUGCAGUGGCAUAAAAUCAGUAUGGGUAAUGACUGACCAAUGAGUACAUAGCAGUGUGUUGUCAGUCAAUAAGAUAUUGAUCUUUUGCUCUAUGUGGUGUUAAUUUUUGGUUUUCAUUUUCUUCUUUCAUCGCAGCUUUUAUUGCAGUCUAGAGUUUGAUUAGUUUAUGUUUUUCAUUUUAUCCCAGCUGCUUCCUUUUCUAUUUACACAUCUCCCAUGACUGACACAGGUUCUUGGUAAGGCUUAGAUUCCCAUAAAUAGAAAUGUGCUUCAUUGCCUUAUAUGUAUAAAUACAUAUAUAUAUAUAUACACACACACAAAACAUAGUGGUUCGCAGUUAUGUAUGACGUUCUAAAAAUUUGCACUGAGAUAUCAGAAAUUAGUAAAUGCUAAUGGUCUUAAAAUUUUAAAUUAAAAUGAUGAAUCACAAUAUUCGGGCUUGUCUGUGGGGUGUACCUUUUGUUUGUCUGUGUGAAAUUACAUUCAGCACUUCUCAAGAAUAUGGUUUGCACCCUUUAUUCUGUCUCCUCUGAAGAAUCAUGCAUCUUAAUUACAAAUUGAUGCAGGAAUUACCAGGCAGCCUCCUAAGACAUGAGAGAGUCACAGGUCAGACACACUGAUCAUGAUAAUCCCAGUCUUCCAGCCUUAACAUUUAUGAAAAUUGAAUUCUUCUCUGACUCAUCAGCUAAUUAUAUUUUUAGAAAUACCAACUGAAUUAUGUAUCUCUUCUGCAGUAAAUACAGUACAGUCAAACCUGACACUGAGCAUUUUCACUUCAGAAAAAUA